UAAUAAGCGGCUUCAUUACAGAAAGGAUCGAUCAAGAAAAUUUCUUUGUAAAAUCUGCAAAAACAAAAAAAGAAAAAAAUUAAUAAGAAAAAAAUUGAAAUAAAUAUCAAAGUAUAAGGCCACAAAAAAAAGGAAUAUACAUACAUACAAACAAACAAAACUUAAAAAAAAAGAAUAUCUAAAAGACUAUUCAUUCAGAAUUUAAAGAUAGUGAGAACAGUCAAACAGGAAAAUAACUCUCAUACUGAUAAAGUAGAGAAAGACGAAGAAAAUAUUUAGAACAACCAGCAGCAAAAAGUGAAUAGAAAGGCAGUCGAAAAAAAGAAAGGAAGGAAGGAAAAACAAAUGGCUUCUUCUUCUUCUAAAAACGAAAACAAUGCAAGCGCUAAUGCUGCAAAGUUAAGCUUGUUCCAUCCAAAGAGUACUGAUUAACAAACUAAUUCACAAAGUGUGAUUCCGCCUUCUCCUGGCAAGCCGAACAAGCAAACUUCCUCAGCUGAAGAUGAAGGAAACAAUGACAACAGCAAUAGUCAAAGCAACAAUGAAAAAGUUAGCAAUAAAACAUCCGGUAGAUGGACAAAAGACGAACAUAAAAAAUUCAUUGAAGGAAUCUAGAAAUAUGGUAGGAAUUGGAAGAAAGUUGAAGAACAUAUCGGUACAAGAACAGGAGCAUAAAUAAGGUCUCAUGCACAGAAAUUUUUCAAUCGUUUGGAAAAAGAGGCUCAAAAUAGCGCCAAAGUUUCCGAUUAAUCCCGUUAAUUAUUAGAAAUUAUGAAUAACUCCUCUCACCAUCACAACUCUUCUUCUAAUUAAAAUACUUCAUCUGCAUCUUCUUCUGCAAAAUAAGCAGCAAAUUAAACUGCCUCAACUUCAAAUAGCAGUAAUGAAAAAGCACCUUAAUAGGAAAAGGAAAAGAAACCUAAUUAAAAUUCUAUUAACAGUAGCAGCAGCAACAACAACAACAGUAGUAUUAUCAAUAAUAACAAUACAAAUAAUAUAAGCGCAUCUCAUAUCCAUAACAAUAUCACUGACAGUCCUAAUUCAAUUCAUGCUGCAUCUUCAGCUUAACAAAAUCUAUUGAAUUAAUCUUCUAUUUCUUUGGGAAAUAAUGAUAACUUCACCACAAGCUCCAAUAAUUACAAAAAAAUUCCAGACAGCCAAGACAUAAUGAAGUAAUUGAUGACAAGUAAUAAUAGUAAUAAAUACUAAUCAUUAGAUGAUUAUACAAUUCAUGACUAUUUAAAAGAUGAUAGCAAUGAAACAUUAGACUAUAAUGGAAACGCUUCUUUAAGCAACAACUAACUAAAAAUACUUUAUGAGUAAGCUAUUAAAAUCCCUUCAUAUAAUCAAAGCUCAUCAUACUAAUCAUAUUUCCCCUCUAAAUUCAGCAAUAAUAAUUCCCAUGUUAACUUAUCUUCAAGUUAUAACAAUAACAGCAAUCACAGCAGUCACAAUAAUAGUCAUAAUAGCCAUAACAGCCACGGAAGCCCAAUCCCAUAUAGCAAUUACAAUAAUCACUAUAACAACUACAACUCUAACUAUGGAUACAAUUAAAGUAACAAUAUGAAUGGAUAUGGAUCUAAUAAUCACUACUCAUACUAACAAAUGAAGAGCAUCUAUGAUGAAAGAGACAGUGAAGAAAUAAUGGAAAAGUACACAAGACAAAUUCAAGAGAAUAGUGCUCAAGAAAACUCCUUUUUCAUUGAGCAUCAUUUAGCUGACAUUGAAAAGCCAAGAUUAUAUGAUUUGUGUGCAUUAGGAUAACAAGACCUUUGCUCAAGCUAAUAGAAUUAUUAAAGUGAAAUUUAUGUUCCUAAUUUUAAGAAGGGAAGAUCUAGAUUUGGUAGUUUCAAGCUCCACGAUGAAGAUAAUGAAUCGUCCAACUAGAAAUAUCAAAAUUUUAGAAAAGCAUCAAUUGAUGAUUAAGAAUUAAAAAAGAAAUUAAAAUUAAAUGACGGUACAUCUGGGUUUGUUACUAAUAGUAACAAAUUAUCUCCUGAUAGCCAAGUCUUGAACUGA